AUGGACCGCCCCGGCACCAUCUACUGGUCCGAUUGCAGGCUGGACAUGGAGGAGUUGACCAGCAAGAUCGCGCUCCUCCACCUCUCCAUCCAACAAUACAGUCCAGAGGGAGGAGCGACCUCUGACCUUGUCGCUUUGGAAGCGCAACUCUGCAUAUUCCACCACGACGUCAUGCAUAUCCUCAACGGAGGCUGCCAGGUCGACGCCCAGGCAUCUGCAGCUACGGUCGGUCGGGCGCCCGUCUCUCGUCUGGACGAGCUCUUCCGCCAGAUCCGCGCGAUCGAUAAUACCUACCUCGCCCUGCUCGACAAGAUCGAGGCGGGCGGAGUCGAGCGGCAGCCCGGCACGCGCACAAAGCAGGACCUCAUCAAAGUGAUGAUCCAACUCCUGGAGCGGCGGAUCGCCGACCACGCCAAAACACUGCAGCAGGCCUGCCCGGCGCUAGACGCGCAAAUCGGGCUCAUCGUCGAUCAGCGGGUCGAGCAGGUCAGGGUGCAGCUCGUCCAGGAUGCGGAGAAGGCGGCGGCGGGAAGGGUGGCGGAAAUGGCCAGCCAGCUGGCAGAGCAGGUCAAGGCGGAAGUGACCAAGGGUCUCGCUCGGCUCGCGGACGACCUAGAGGCGCAGAAGGCGGCUCAGCUGGCGUUGCAGGCGGAGGUGGAUGUGAUGAAGGGAAAGAAUGCCGCUCGGGAAAAGGCGGACGACCAGAGGAUGGCAGACCUCGCCGCUUCCCUCAACCACCUUCGGGAUCAGGUGAAGGACAAGGAUACCGAGGCUCUCUCUCAGCUUGGCGUGCUGCAUCAGGCGAUGGAGGCAAGGAGGAAGUCGAGGGAGGAGAAGAUGAAGGUUAUGCGGGGGGAGCUGGAGGGCAUCAAGCGUAAGCUUUAUGCUUUCCAGGGAGUUGGUCGAUCUCAGGCGUACCGGGAAAUUGGGUCGGUCCACGUCAGCGUCGGGGAAGGCGCUCUCGACAAGCCGGGGCAGGCGCCGGGAUCGGACUGGUUCGAAGCGCUGAGCCAGCUGGAUCUGGCACAACCGGAAGCGAACACAAAGCAAGCGCAAGGGAAGGAGGAACAGGUGCUGGUCCAGCACCACUUCGACCAGCUCAACACGGCGGUCAUCCGCAUCAUGGACGCCACCAUGGCUGUGCAGCACCAGAUGACCGCCAAGGACGACAUCGACGCCCACACCCGUACCGCCAUCCGCAACCUCGGUACGGCCAAGCGUGACAUCCUCUCUGCGAUCGACGCACAUGUCCUUGCCCUUACCGCAAACUUCGACAACAAGGCGGACAAGCUCGACAUCGUCAUGCUCGCUUUUGAGCAGCGUCUCGGAGCGGCCGGCCCGUCCGACAUGGCGGUCAGCGUUGACAAGGAGUGCGGCGGAGGUGGGGACGAGCGGAAGCGAGGUGGCGUCAGCGGUGGACCGAGCGGGUGUGUGGAGCAGGGGAAGAGUGUGUGGUCAGGAACGGGGGUGGUGGAAUUGGAUUUGCUUAGAUAUCGCGUCUCCAAGGCUGUACAAGAGUCUCAGCCCCUGCGCGUCCCGCAGCUGCUGUGCGACGAAGACGUGCAACGCCUCAUCGUAGAGGUGACGUCCAUCGGCACGGACCUCAGAGCAUUCGAUCCCCGCAGAUCCUCCCAAUGGGCGCUCUCGGAUCUCGAGAAGCGGCUCACAUCAGCCAUUCGGGCGUUUCUCCACCCCCUCGGUAUCACGUCUACAUCCAUCAACUCGGCAUCCCCCCCUACCUACGCGCACAUUUCAUCUCAUCAACUCGACCAGCUCAAGCGCGUCCUCGCAUCCAGCAACGAUAUCUAUCGGAGCGUUCUCGAUGGGCUCGGUCCUGUCAAGCGGUUCGGCUACCAGGCUUGGAGUUGGGAUUCCUCACACCGACCCCUGCUGAUCGACACCAUCAAUACUUUCAACGCUCGUCUGUCACACCCUGGACCACUCGUCGAUGACGGGAGCGUACCUGAUCUCGAGGCGCGUAUCGCCGGCGAAGUCAGCUGGCGCGUGGAUGAGAUGAAGGGGAGCCUAUUUGCGGAGGUUCAGGGCAUGGUGGAGCGGUUGGAGGAGGACAGGCUCGAGGGGGAGAGACAAGCUCAAGCGGAAGGCGGGUAUGACGAGGACGAGGAAGCCAUCACUCACGGCGCCCGCUGGAAUCGGAAAUGGAUGCAGUCCAGCGACGAUCCAUGGAGCGGACCUUACGUGGCGCUGGAUUCUCAGAUCGAAGCUCUGAAUCAUCGCAUCGACGGCGCCGCCGCGGAAUCGGUACGAAACGCUCGGUCCGCUUGCCAAAAGGCCAUCAGCGAUGCGGUUGCGGACACGACCGGGGAAUGCGUACAAAAGGUCGACGCGGCGAACAAGAUCGCUGCAGACGCACACAAGCGGAUCAGCUCGCUCGUCGAUCGCGUCAGUGCGGUGGAAUCUCGAGGAGGCGCAGCAGAGAGGGAGACGCUGGUCCAAGCAGCUCGCAAGGAUGUCCGUCAAUUCGCAAAGACGGGGCUCAGGGUACAGGUGGAAAGGGAUGCGAGGGAGAUCAUUAUGGAAGUGGUGGGAUCGGUGAUGGAGGAGCAUGAGCUGGCUCAGGCGGCAGUGGAAGCUCGGUGGCAGAAGGAGAGGGAUGGGCUGUUCGAGGAGAUCAAGAAGCAAAAGAUGGAGGCGGCACGGGUCAGGGUGGAGCACGAGUCUGCCCUCGCCAACAAUCGAAAGGCGCUCGCCGAUCUCAAUGUCCAAUCGGACACGCGGCUCGCGGCGGUUCGGAAGGAGCUGCAGGCGCAGAAGGUUCAGCUUGCCGAGGCGAUGAGAGUCAGCGAGCAGACGGCUGUCAGCACCAAGCAUCUCAGGGUGGACCUGACCAGCGUAGAGCAGUCGCUGGCUAGGACGGAGCAGCAAGCGGAGGCAGCGGCCCUACCUCCUGUUCCCUGCGGGGAAGUGCAGGGAUGCGGCGCUGAGUUCGGAACGUCGGCACCGGGAAGGCGGGGCGGACAGGCCAGUCAGCCGAGUCAAGCGGUGCUGAUCGCGGAGGAGGGGAAGGGUCAGGGACCGGUCAACGCCCUUAUCGCCAACGCAAAACGAAUCGCAAUCGUCGAUAUCUCCAAGCAUCAAGCUCUUGCUCUCGACGCCAUCACUGAGAGGGCGACUCAUCGGCUGCUGGCCAUCGAUGCUAAGGCGGACAAGCUCGAUACUGCGAUGCUGGCUUUCGAGGAGCGUCACUCGGUCCCCCCGGUCGCAUUGACCCCCGGAGUCAUCCCUUCCCUCCGUGAUACCCCGCGCAACUCUUCUCCCUCCGCGAGCGCCGAUGGAGUCUCCUCCACUUCCAUCGCUUCGAUGGAUGACCUCCCUGGCCCUUCCCGAAUGGUCAAAGCGGUCAAAACGGGACGUCCAGGCAUGCCGAGGAGGCAUCCCGUUGAGGCGGCCGGAACGAGGAAGAGAGUGGCACCCGUUGGUGCAGUCGCGCCCAUGUCGGUGUCAGCGCCGGCGCCAGCAAUGACGCGAAGUCGGGAUGGGACGAAUCAGGCGGUCAAGGGCAAAGACCAAGGCGCAGAGAAGGAGGGGCCAAGGGGGAAGAAGAUGUCGCGAGUGGAGGCGGAGAAGGAGCUUUUCGAGGGGGGUUACAUCACCGAGAAUGUCUACAACAGCGACGAUUUCGCGUACGAGUAG